AUGUCGGAACCGACUCGUACCGUGGCGCGACCGCCAGGCGUCCUGUUUCGUGUGGUGAAGACUCUUUCAAUAAGCUCUUCAAGUACAGCUGUAUAUCUCUGUCUUCCGCGCAAUCUUCCUUCUUCUGAGCCCACAAUGGACAUUGACGAAGAUCUUUCGAACCGAUGCGCACCAAUCUUAGUAGCGUUUGGGAAGAUGACUGGGAACGCACGCCUACAGCAGCAACUUGGUCUGCUCGAGUUUAAGAGGCUAGGAGAUGUAUUAUACCAAAAUAUGCAGGAAAACCGGACAUCGUUACUGCGUCCAGGGCAGAUCGAGAUGCUGCCGCAGCUCGUAGUGGUCAAGAUGUCUACGGAGAAAGAGAAGGUGCGGAGAGAAGUCGAGGUAGUGGAAGAGAUUCAUAGAAUGGCUGGGGAAGUGACUACGCUGCAUAUAGGGUCAUGUAUACUGGGAUCUCAGUACACAGAGGCGCCAGGGACGUCGUACAUGGUUUUGCGCCCUAUCUUUGGGCCCACGCUUGAGCAAUUUAGUGAAAGGAGUAGCAGUGGUAGGAGCGGAAGCAUUCCAGACUGGCUGAUGGCGCACAUAUGUAUCGGUCUGAUCGAGGCAGUCGAGUUCUUGCAUGAGCAUGGUAUGGUGCAUAGCAAGAUCGAGGCGUCCAAUGUCAUGUUGAGCUUGUACCCCGUGUACAUGCAUCAUCGGUAUCGUGGGUACCCGGAUAUGCAACUGAUUGAUUUUCCAGAUUGUGCGUCAGCGGCGGCAAAAGAUACGGCCCUGGAUGUGAGAGGCGUGCUGACGGUCAUGGAAGAAACUAUGGUCAAGCAGAAUGACGCAGCCCCUUCUGGGCGUUCCAAACGAGAUGUUCGUGGUCGGACCCGAAAGAAACAGGGCGACCAAAACCCUCUUCUAGCUCAGAUCAGGAGCAUGACUGCGGCUGAUUACGAAGGAGGCAUGGACAGUCAGGGCUUGCGAAUGUCACUGGUGGGCAUAGCGCAAGAUAUGCGACAUGUUGGUCCCGAAACGAUACCGAGAGACAUUGUGAGAUUGUUCCAUGCAGAUUUGACGACAGCGGCAGAACUCGAGUGCGCAGUACGGAACCCUUUAGUUCUCAAAGUGAGGAGUAAGAAGCAAACGACAAAGGCCGUUGGGGAAGAUAGGCCAGUUGCUAUGGUUGGCGUGGAAAAUGUGGAGACGAAGACUAGGGAUUAG